UCUCCCAAAAUUUUAUCUCUCUCCUCAAAAAUCAAAAUUCCCCAAUCUUAUUCCUAAUAUAAUGGAGAGACGACCAACACAAAAACAAUUCGAGCGACUUCUUACUUCCUCUGUAAAACCCUAACUAUCCAAAUCCCCCAUUUUCUCUCUCUGAAACUCUCUCUAUCUCUCUCCCUUUUCGUCUUCUUCCCUUGAAAUUGAACUCUCUCUGUUCAAUUUUCAUCCAGAUUUCGAUCGUCCUGAUAAUUAAUCGAUCUAUACCUAAUUGAUUGAUUUUUCCUUCAAUUCAAUUUCAUCGUUUUUUCCUUUGUUAUUUUUCUGGCGUUCUUGGAUCUUUUUUUUUCCUGUUUAAUUUGGGGGUUGCUGAUUAAUUCUAGGGUUUCGUUGAAAUUUUUUGGUUGUUUAUUAAAAAAUUAAUCGAGGCUGGCGAGUUUAGAGGUGUAGUAAAUGGCGGAUCCGCCUGGUCUCCGCCUACCAUUUCCUCGGUUGGAAGCCAUUAGAGUUCAAAAUUUAGGGUUUCGAAGCUUUCAUUUGGGGAGUUCCAAGUUAUCUUCUGUGAUAGAAAGAGAAGAAGAAGCAUGCUGAGCGUGGUCAGGGUGCACCUCCCGUCCGACAUUCCCAUUGUAGGCUGUGAGCUUUCACCUUAUGUUCUACUUCGAAAGCCCGAUAAGAGUGUCAUUAACGACGAUGUUCCUGAGAAUGCUCCAAUCGACGGCCAGUUUUUGAGAUAUAAGUGGUAUCGUAUACAGAGUGACAAAAAAGUUCCUGUUUGUAGCGUCCAUCCAACUGAGUCAGCCACUCUACAGUGCCUUGGUUGUGUCAAGGGAAAGAUCCCUGUGACUAAAAGCUACCAUUGCUCUCCCAAAUGUUUUUCAGAUGCCUGGCAGCAUCAUCGUGUUUUGCAUGACCGCGCUGCCAGUGCUGUGAAUGAGAAUGGAGGCGAAGAGGAUGAAUUGUUUGGACGCUUCAAUAGCUCAGGUUCUGGAGUUCUGAAUACUGGCUUGCCUCCUUCUGCAUCAAGUCCCAACUUGACGAAUGGAUCAACACCGUUGUAUCCUGCUGCUGUUACACAAAGGAGUGGUGGUGAAACAUGGUUUGAAGUUGGCCGUUCUAAGACAUAUACACCUUCUACUGAUGAUAUUGGCCAUGUUUUGAAAUUUGAAUGUGUUGUCAUAGAUGCUGAGACAAAACAAACUGUAGGACAUCCUAUGACGCUUACCACAUCCCGUGUCAUCCCUGCACCUACACCAACUCCACGUCGCAUGAUUUCAGUUAGUGGCGCAGAUGUAAUGGGACAUUUGGAUCCAGAUGGCCGCAUUUCAUCUGCCGGGACCUUUACCGUGGUUUCAUACAAUAUAUUGGCUGAUGCUUAUGCCACUAGUGAUACAUAUAGUUACUGUCCUUCAUGGGCCCUUUCUUGGCCAUAUCGUAGACAAAAUCUGUUACGAGAAAUUGUUACAUAUCGCGCGGACAUUGUAUGUCUUCAGGAGGUUCAAUUUGAUCAUUUUGAAGAAUUCUUUUCUCCCGAACUUGACAAACAUGGCUAUCAUGCUCUUUAUAAGAGAAAAACUUCAGAGGUUACGCAUACAGUUGAUGGCUGUGCCACGUUUUUCCGAAGGGACAGAUUUUCCCAUGUAAAAAAAUACGAGGUAGAAUUCAAUAAGGCUGCCCAGUCUUUAACAGAGGCUGUAGUUGCUCCUGCCCAAAAGAAAUCAGCUUUAAGUCGACUUGUCAAGGAUAAUGUAGCACUAAUCGCUGUCUUGGAAGCCAAAUUCAGUCAUCAGGGUGCAGAUACAACCCCUGGAAAGCGACAACUUCUUUGUGUUGCAAAUACACAUGUAAAUGUGCAUCAAGAAUUAAAGGACGUCAAACUCUGGCAGGUCCAUACUUUGUUGAAAGGGUUGGAAAAGAUUGCUGCCAGUGCUGAUAUUCCAAUGUUGGUGUGUGGAGACUUCAAUUCAACUCCUGCAAGUGCUCCUCAUGCGCUUCUUGCGAUGGGUAAAGUUGAUCCACUACAUCUCGAUUUACAAGUGGACCCUUUGUUAAUAUUGCGCCCUCAUACUAAACUAGCACACCAGCUUCCAUUGGUCAGUGCAUAUUCAUCCUUUGCAAGAGGGAUUGGCCCAGCUUUAGAACAGCAAAGGCGGAGAAUGGACCCUUCUACAAAUGAGCCCUUGUUUACAAACUGUACUAGAGAUUUUAUAGGGACCCAUGAUUACAUAUUCUACACAGCCGACUCUUUGACGGUGGAGUCAUUACUUGAAUUAUUGGAUGAGGAUAGCUUAAGGAAGGAUACAGCCCUUCCUUCUCCAGAGUGGUCUUCAGAUCAUAUAGCACUUUUAGCUGAAUUUCGUUGCAAAUCAAGAAUUCGGCGUUAGCACUUGGGGCGGCCUGGAAGAUAUGUUGACGAAAAUUAACGAGUUGAUGAAUAUAUCUUUUUGGAAGUCAUUGUAUGAAUGGUGGAUCAGGCCUGUGUGUUCUUCCCCAGGUAUUGUCACCUCAUGGGGUUUCCAAUUCCGGCUAUGAUCUGCCCUGUAUCAUGUCACCUUGUCCCAUAGAAAAUAUGAUCCUAUUCAAAUUUUCUUUUUUACAAUAGAAAUUAUCACAGCUUAUCUGUGGGCUCAAUGUGAGUAGUGAUGAUGUUUUUACUCUGUCAGUUUCUACAACAGCAACACAAUAGCUUUGCAAUUCAGAUGGGCUUUACAUCUUUAGGUUUUAUGUAUUUUUCCUUAGAGUGGGUAAUAGUCCUCCCCAUUUUUCUCAGUACAAAAGCAAGAUAGCAAAGAUACAGUUGAUCUCGUCUGCUUCUGUCAAAAUAUAGUAUAAUUAGUCAUCUCAGUUCCUUUUGAAGGUGCAAAAUACCACCUGAUUUUUUACAA